GUUUCAAUUCCCAGUUCCCCGUUCCCAUUAUUAUUUUUAGCACCUGCAUCGUCAAACCGCAACAGCGACAAGCAAAAGCCAAUCCAGUCCGAUCCAGUCCAGUCCCAAGUCCUUAUCCCACUCUCGUCCCGUCCGUCACGGGCAUGUGAUUUCCCCAGCUUGCGACCCGCGCUGGAGUAGCUACUAGCAGCCAUGCCUAUACAAGUCUAUUCGUUUUACAUCUUCGACCGCCAUACCGAGUGCGUAUACUCAAAGCUCUGGGUCCCCCGGCCAUCAUCCAGCAUCGCCGGCCCGCCUCCGUCGCGGCCGCAAUCGCAACAGCCCCCGUCCACCGCCGCAGCAACGACAACGACAACAGCAGCAGCACCAUCCUCCGCACCCCUAGCUACAACCACCCCUCCCGCAAACUCCGCCGCCGCCACCGCCGCCGCAGCUAUCACCCGGAGGAAGAACGAGAAUGACGCGAAGCUGAUCUUCGGCACCGUCUUCAGCCUGCGGAACAUGGUGCGCAAGCUCGGCGGCGACGACGACGCCUUCAUCGCCUUCCGCACCGCCCACUACAAGCUGCACUACUACGAGACCCCGACCAACCUGCGCUUCGCCAUGCUCACCGAGCCCGGCGCCCUCAGCAUGCGCAACGUUCUACACCAGAUUUACAUUAACCUCUGGGUCGAGUACGUCGUCAAGAACCCCCUCUCGCCAGUCGAGCACAAAGGCGGCGAAGGCGUGCGGAACGAGAUGUUCGAGAUGGGGCUAGAUAAGUUUGUUAGAGGCCUGAUGUGACGGCAUGCUCCGAUAUAGGAUAGAAAAGCAUGGCAUAAUGCCGGUCUUGGGUAGCCGAGAACGUGAACUUAGCCCUUAGGCAAUCCAUUUUCGGUCAGCCUGGACGCUGAAGAAUUAAUCAAUGCUGGGGAUAAGUGUCCCAGAAGAGAGGAUAUAUAUGGGUGGGUAGAGGGCUACCGUAGAGGUGCAUCACUUUUCCGGCGCGGCGUACACGCGGCCCAAGUAUUUGGAGUCAGCAUGAACUGCAAAACAAGGCAUUGGAGUUAAAGAGCUAGAGAUGGUAUCAUUAA